UGAUGUAGGUUUUAAUCUAAGUAGUUAUUUUUGCAUGCUUAUACCACUUUUGAUCACGUUGAUACUGUUCAUGUUCAAUGCAAAACACUUUAAUUCAUGUCAUUAUUGUAUUACUUCAGGGGUUUGCAAAAUGACGACGCCAGAGCGUGUACAGAAAAUAGUGGAUACCUACGAGAGUAUGCUGGGCGAGUUAAAGCGUAUUCCUGUUCAGUUAAAAAAGCUUGAAACAGAACAUCUGCAACUGACUAAAGACAUAGAAAAAUUCAAGGAUUCUGAUAAAAACUCUGCAGCAAACAUUCAAAGGUUAAAGGAAGCGAAUUCGGAGGUAAAAAAACUGCAAAAAGAGAAUGAAACUUUGCAGAGAAAGCUAGAGAAUUUAAGCAAUCGAGUAGAAGGGAUGCAGAUAAAACGCCAAGAAGCUGGGAAUGGGACCAGUGGUAUCGGCGCGAGACAAGAUCGAGAAAAACAGCUGCAGGAGCAAUUGGGUGAAGCCAAAACCCAAAUUCUCGACAUCCAAAAUGAGUUAGACGACACAAAAUUAAGGUUAAGUAAAGCCUUGGGAGGACGCCUUAACGAUGGAAAUCCUGACAUUGCUGAUCUUAGCGACAAGAAUCGACCUACUAAACUUGGUGAACGCUACUCAGAAUUGUAUGACAACCAAUGGACUGAUGCGUUUGAUGUGUUUGACAAACAAGGGAUGUCAGAAAGGGACGUUAUAAAGCUUCUUCUUAAGAUUUUACAGUUUUACUUGAUGGUAAUUAAUUCAUUGUGUUUAAUAAAGGAUACUUACGACUUCUGCCAAAAGAAAUCUCUGGAACAAAUGCAGAAUAUCAUACAGGCUAUGCUUAUCAAAGACAAUAUGAGUGGUAAAGAGGUGCCGUCCCUGAGACUGAAGCAGUAUAAGGACUGCCGUAAAGAAGUAGGAGAGGAAUCAGGAAAGGCUGUGCUCGAGGAAUACCUGAGAACACUGAAGUAUUCAUCUGCGGCGAGCAAACCUCUUCAAGUGCAGCCUUAUGUCAAGGAAUGCGUUUUACUUUGCUGGUUGAUGUGCCUUCAGGACCCUCCAGUUGUCCUUGAUAAACCUCGUGGUCGCGGGGAGAGCUUCGAGAGCGAAAUGUACCGAGCGUACACCAAGAAUGGCAAGAAGAUUGAGUUUCUCGUUUGGCCGGCUAUGCUUUUGCACAAAGAUGGCAACGUUCUUUGCAAAGGAGUUGCCCAAUGCUACGAUUCACUCAAACAAGAUUACUUGGACAACGGUAUCAAUGGCAGACAGGCUUGGAUGGAAACCCCUCGAUCAUCUGAACAUAAAGAUUAUACAAUGGAAAUUGUCUAUCCAUCUAGGCAAACGCACCACUCUGGAUCAGCACGAUCUACCCGCUUUUAUGACACUUCAAGAAAUAAAGAUCAUAGUAUUGAAAGGAGUCACCCUAGACAAGAACAAAGCCGUGUGGGCAAAAACCUAUACGAUCUUGAGACGGCUUCAAACCCUUCGACUCCCACAGUUCAGUCAGUAAGGUACGAAAUUACCGAUCAAGACAUGGACGACUUCUUUUUUUACAGACGUAUUUGGUCGAAUGACCGUGAACGUGCGAGAAACUGCAUGGGAAAGAAAAAAUAUGACCUAUGCCGCGAAAUAUUUUACCAAUCGUAAAUAUAUUAGUUAAUUUAAUUUAGUUUAAAUAAACAUAAAGCGACUUUUUUACUGAAACACUGUAAAUAAUACACCAGACACACCAGUAAAACAAUUGUGAAACACUAAAAGUAGAACCAUAUAAAGGAUGAAAUGCCUUUCCUGUACACCGUAUUUUGAAAACAGUUUUUACUUGUGUUGUAUCAUUGAUGCUUUUUUAUUAACAUAAGGAAAUAUUGUGGUAAAUACGGCUUUUUCAACAAUUCUUUGUUACACUUAUUUGCUUUGAUUAUAAUCUUUCAUGUUAAACAAAUUAAUGUUUAUCUA